GUGGAGGGAAGUCUACCCUCUUAGUGAGCUGAGCAGAGGGAAUUUUACCCUCUUAAUUGGUUAGCUGAGCAGAGGGAAGACUAUCUUUUGGUGUGCUGAGCAGAAGGAAGAAGACUAUCCUCUUGUCACCCCGCUCGCUGUAUCAGCAAAUCAGUUCACUAGUUCAGUCAUCCCACUCACUGCUUCAGUCACUUCGCAAUUACAUCCGCAAUUCGGCGGAUGGCGGCGUGGUGGGCUGCGACGGCGGCUCGGCUGCUGGCGGUGGUCAGCGCCCUGGCGCGGCCCUGGGCGGUGGGAGGCGUGGGGCUGUCCUUCACAGUCCAGCUGUCGCAGGAGAGUUUCGAUGGGGAGCAGGAGAAGGUGUGGGCCGGCUCGCCUGUCGCCUGUGGGGGACAGUGUCGCCUGAACCCCGAAUGUGGAGCCUUCGCUUUCAACGCAACUGAGGUCCCAAACUGUGUGCUGUUCGUGCGGCAGACGUGGAGCUCGCCAGGCCUCCCGGGCCUCUACUACAGGGGCAUGGCCCUGUCCAGCGGCGACCGCCUCUUCCGUCUGCCUCAUCCUGCCUACGACGUGCCUGACCAGUUAUUGGCUGCCUGCAAAGCCAUCGGCCUGCGUCUGGUGCAAGUGCCGACAGUCCUGAAGGACUUGGUGGCGGUUCAGAGCCAAGGCCAGUUCUGCUACGACCUCAAGAGGACUUCGGAGACGGCAUCUUUCACCACCAUGACUGGAAGGCCUGUUGACGCCUCGCUGCUUGUCAUACAGGAUAAUUCGAGCAAAUCACUUGCACCUCAAUGCAUCGCGAGUCACUACAAUUGGCCUUUUAGGAUGGGUUGUGCUGACUGGAUCAUCAAAUCUGACGCCACAGUCUGCCAGUACACCCCUUAAAAUCUCUUAGCACUUGUUUCAUGUUCUGAAACAUUUAGUCUGUGUCAUGUUAUCUAUCAAAUAUCAUUGACAAGUUGAUUCAUUGUAAUUUGCAGUGAACCGUCUUCAGUGAUGUCACAAUGAGCUAGCAAGACUACAUGCAAGUGAGUUAUACCACAGUUUUCUCCCACUUGUGUAUUUAUGUUAACUUAUAUCCAUGAAAAUAUUCACGAAAUGUAGGAGAAUACUCCUACUCUAAGCACGAAUAUCAAUAUUAGAAUUUCUAUCACAAAUACAGAGGUUAAAUACUGGACCACGAUUUUGGACACAACUGCCUCUUUGUACCUACGAAAACCAGAAACAAUAUAAAUUUUGUUGAGCCCUUUCAGCCCUCAUCAGACCCUCAUCACACUACGCCACUGUUUAUCACACCCCAUCACACUGCUGCUAAAUCUUUUCACACCAUGCCACACCUUGUAACACCCUAUUACACCCCGGCCCUCACAACCCCGUCACAUCUCAGCACAUCCGCGUCUUGGCGAGAGCGCAGGAAAAAAAACCUCUCGGCCGUAAAAUUUCACAGUAUAAUUAACCGGAUAUUUAACGCUGGUCUGAUCAAAAAUUUCAAGCGGUUUUCGAAGGUAUUGAAAAUAUUUGCUGGUUCUUGAAUGACAAAAUUCACUUGACACUCUCAUGAAGUACAGUGUCUGAGGAGAAUAUAGCGCUAACAUAGUUCCUAUAUAUUGCCAUCUUUAUUUUAUUUGACGCACAGUUUUGAUGACGCAGUGCACAAAAUACUCUGUAUAUCUGUUUACAAUUUAUUGUGCACCUUACUGAAAUAUA